CUCAACUCUUGAAAGUUUGCAGACAGUAAAUAAUAUUAGAGAACAGCUAGGCAGAAAAAAUUGAUCAAUUAAAAUAAAGUAUGUCGUCGUCAGAACAGGAAAUCCAACAGAAAUCUAUUGAUAAUCAGCAAGAACAAGUGUCCAAUGCAGAUAUUAAUGCCACCAAACCUGAUUCGGCGACGGAUGCAACGCAACAUGAUUUUGCCGCGGCUGAGCAGUACAAAAAUAAGGGAAAUGAAUUGCUCAAAACUAAGGAAUUCUCGAAAGCCAUUGACAUGUAUUCCAAAGCCAUAGAACUUUACCCCAGCAGUGCAAUAUACUAUGCUAAUAGGGCCCUCGCGCAUUUGCGCCAGGAAAGCUUUGGCUUGGCCCUGCAGGAUGGCGUUUCGGCAGUGAAAACUGAUCCCACUUAUUUAAAGGGCUAUUAUAGGCGCGCGGCGGCCCAUAUGUCCCUAGGCAAGUUUAAACAGGCGCUAUCUGAUUUUGAAUAUGUGGCCAAAUGCAGACCCAAUGAUAAGGACGCUAAACUAAAGUUUACCGAGUGCAGUAAGAUUGUCAAAAUGCGAGCCUUUGAGCGUGCUAUUGCUGUGGAUAAGCCUGAGAAGUCUCUCUCGGAGAUGUACAGAGACAUGGAGAACAUCACCAUCGAGGACGACUAUAAGGGACCUCAAUUGGAGGAUGGCAAGGUUACUUUAAAGUUCAUGAAAGACCUUAUGGAGCAUUAUAAGGCACAAAAGAGACUGCAUCGAAAAUUCGCCUAUAAGAUACUCUGUGACAUUGAUGUGUACAUGCGUGCACAGCCGUCCCUUGUGGAUAUUAAAGUUCCAGAUGAGGAGAAGUUUACUAUUUGCGGCGACAUUCACGGCCAGUUCUAUGAUCUAAUGAAUAUUUUCGAAAUAAACGGGUUACCUUCAGAGAAGAAUCCGUAUUUAUUCAAUGGAGAUUUUGUCGAUAGAGGUUCAUUCUCGGUUGAAUGCAUAUUCACGCUCUUCGGAUUCAAGUUGCUGUAUCCGAAUCAUUUCUUCUUAUCGCGUGGCAAUCAUGAGAGCAUCAAUAUGAAUCAGAUGUAUGGCUUCACGGGCGAGGUUACCGCCAAGUAUACCAGUACAAUGGCGGAUAUAUUCACGCAAGUAUUUAACUGGCUGCCAUUAUGCCAUUGCAUUAACCAGAAAAUUCUGGUAAUGCAUGGCGGUCUGUUCUCAUCAGACAAUGUUACAUUAGACAACAUAAGGCGAAUUGAACGCAACUGUCAGCCACCGGAGGAGGGACUCAUGUGCGAGUUGCUCUGGUCCGACCCGCAACAAUGGAUGGGUCGCGGCCCCUCCAAGCGCGGUGUGGGUAUACAAUUCGGUCCGGACGUCACUGAGGCAUUCUGUAAAGCUAACAAUUUGGACUACAUCAUUCGCAGUCACGAGGUCAAAGACAUGGGCUAUGAAGUGGCCCACAAUGGGCAAUGCAUAACUGUCUUCUCUGCGCCAAAUUAUUGUGAUACUAUGGGCAACAUGGGCGCAUUUAUAACAAUUACUGGUAACAAUUUAAAACCAAAUUACACAUCAUUUCAGGCUGUGCCACAUCCUGAUGUUAAACCCAUGGCCUAUGCCAAUAGUCUUAUGAAUUGGCUGGCGUAGUCAUAGCGGCCUGCUUCCUAUGCAUAACAAUAGCUAUGAACACCACAUUCUCCCACACCCCUGUCCACGCUUACAACCCCACAACUGCAUUAUAAUGAUCAAAACCAACAUGGGAUUCCAAAUUGCUCAAAAUACCUCUAUGUACACAGCUUGCUAAUUGUUCUACGAUUUAAGUUCGAGAGAGAGAGAGAYAGUUGUGGUAUGUAGGGAUGAGAGCUUCAGAAUAGCAAUCUUAAAAACAAAUACAGCUAUAUUUGAUACAAACUUUGCAUACAAGAAUGAUUAUAUAAAGAUGGCUUUAGAAGUCGGAUGCUAAGUUUUAUUGGUGCUAAGCAUCUGAGUAUUCACUGUACACAGUGUAUGUUCGAUU